AUGGCAGCCACCACGGACUCGGGAGUCAAAGUCCCUUGCAAUUUCCGACUGUUGGAAAAACUUGAAGAAGGCCAGAGAGGAGUAGGAGAUAGCACAGUCAGCUGCGGUCUAGAAGAUGACGAAGACGUGACAUUUCCAAGACGGACAGGGAUGAUAAUUGGGCCUCCAAGAACCAUUUUGGUGGAUCCAAGAGCCAUAGCAGUGCUAGCAAAAUGGCAGAAUUCAUAUAGCAUCAAAGUUGUCCUGCAAGAGCUUCGGCGCCUAAUGAUGUCUAAAGAAAAUAUGAACCUCCCUCAGCCAUCUGAAGGAGAGUGUUACAGCAAUUAA